UUGAGGAUUAGCUACCAACUGAUGUAGAUAUCGGGGUACGCAGUUAAUUGGUAACGUAUGCCUAAAGGUUAUUUAUGUCAGUUAUUUGCAUUUAAAUUGCCAUCCUUUUAAUUAACUCCUAAAACACCGGGGAAGGUGCAAGAUGUCGGAAGUUUCAACUGGAAAAUAUCUCAGUUCCGACUGGUCUCGAACGCAACAUUAGCGUUUCCACCCGCGAGAUGCAUACAGUUCUCGGCAGGCAGGUUACGGUAUGUGAGGGGGUUGGACAGGAUUCAUAAUAUUGUUUACUUGCUAUUGCUUAAUAUCAUAUAACAUGGGUGUGUGUGUGUGUAAGGCCUAAAUAAUCAGGAGUUAUGAUAAAUACAGGCUUAUGCAGAAGCAGGCAUUGCACCCUGUGAGUUAACUGCCAUUGAUACGCUCUCCAAUACACACACACACUCACAGAAUGUUCUCUGACAUACACAUAUACCCGUCUCUCUUCCUGCAUACCCUCCAUAUAUGGAUAUCCCAGACACAGCAGGGCGGGUCUCCCAAAAAUAUACUCAGGCUUAGCGGAAGAACAGCUGACUUUGUGUUACGCAGAGGCAGAGCAGAGUCCCCAGAUAUAUCUGUAUUAUAUGGUCAAUAAAUAACUGGUUGAACUCGACACUUUGUCUCCUUCUGAUCCUUCUCAUUAAAACACUCGGGGAAGUCGGCGCACUUCAAGAGAAGACCAAGAAGUGAAAUAGACGGAAUGAAUGUGGAUCCAACAUUCAAGAGUGGACACCUCAAGACUUUCCAGAUGAUGGAUUUGAUCCAUCUAGGAAUGUGAAGUCCAGUCUCAUUCUAAUCCCCUUCGUUUUUUAACUUUUUGGCUUUGCACUGUUAUCGGAGCGUUGUGUUCCUUCUUCAUCUCCAGGGCCCCUAACGAGCCUUCUACAUGGAGGUCACCCAGGGAGCUCUCUCCUGAUUAGCCAGCAGGCUGUGUCAUUGUGGCUGUCUCAACUGAAAGCCAAUGCUAGCACUGACACAAAUUAAACAACACUUUCCACCGUUGGCAGCCGAGCCGCAACCUCUGCUGCCAUCUCCAACACACCUGCUUCCUACAUAUUGAUGGCAGCCCCUUCCCUACCAUCAAUCUCCUUAAACCUCAGAUUAUUGCAUCACCAUGUCACAUCCCCUGUAUAACCCCUAUUUCUCCGAGAACCAAAGUUCCACCCAGGGGCAGUUUGAACUCUCCAGUAUAAGGACAGAGAGGGACCCUCGGAGGGCAUCUCGCCUUGAACCUGGAACUUGCUCCCAGCAAGUAUGUCUGCUCCGAUCACAAAUGUCUCAGUCAGUGAGCUACAGGCCUGAACAGAGUAAGACCACAAUGGAUGAUGAAAUAGACGAGUCUAUAGACAAAAGGCCUACUGCUAAUGACCCUACGUUUUAUUCAUCAUCUGUCCCAUCUAACUAUGCAAGUGGUGAUGAUGGUAGAUUUCAUGCGCCCAGCAAAAGAGAACAUAAUAUGCAAGGGUAUCAAGGGUUCUGUGACUUUGACUAUCGAGUGGUAGACAAACCAGCAGCCUCUACAGAAUCCAGUCAACCCAAGCACACUAAAUCAGCUGCUAACAUCCUUGCACACUUUGGACUUGAAAAAGAGGACUUAGAUCAUCUCAUCUUUUACCCUGAAGACCAGCUCAAUCCUGCUAACCUGACAUCCAUCUUGCGCCAAAUUAGCAUUCAGAAGGCCAAGAGUGCUACAACAGCAGUUGAGCAGAUGAAAAAGCAACAGACCCAGCAGACGCAGAAGCAGCCAUCAUUGCAGACGGGGCAGGAGAUCAGGCCUCCAGUUUUUCCUGCUGCGAAAUCAGUUCCCCCUGACCAUCUCAUCCCCAUCAUCACUGAUGUUUCACAGGCCAUGCAACGUCCGGUGUCUAUCCCUGGUGAUCCUCGCCCCAUUGCUCUUCCUCCAGGCCUGCCUCAGCCAAUUACAGAUCACAUGACGCUGCCGACUUCCAACAGGCAGCCUCAAGCAAAGGUGGCCGUCUCCAAGGCUCUGCCAACUUCUGCCAUGAUACAUGACUAUGACGUGGGAUUGCCGAAAAUCUUUCCACACACCUGUUCUCUGUGUAAUAAAGAAUGUACUCAUAUGAAGGAUUGGCUCACCCACCAGAGCUCCCUCCUUCACCUUGAGAGCUGCAAACUUCUGCGAAAACAAUACCCAGAUUGGGAUGGUGGGAUAGCGCCCGGGCCCAGGUAUGCAGGUAAAGAUGCCAAACCCUCAGCAUCAACACCUGCAAAGAGUUCCCAGUGUCGUCUCAAGAAAACCAGGCAUGGAAGCAGCUCCUGUUCCAGCUGUUCAAGCUCGCCCAGCCCCCAUCGCCAACAUGGCUCAGAGGUUCAAAGGGAAAAACGCAGCAGCCGAUCACGAUCGCUGCACAGCUCCAGAUACAAUCGCAGGUCACAUUCAAGUAGCCCUGAGCGACAACUGUCGUCGAGGAGUAGGGACGAGAAAUGGUCCUCACCUAGAAGGAAGAGCCGUGAGAGACAAUCUCCAUCAAGGAGGAGCCGUGAGAGACAAUCUCCACCAAGGACAAGCUGUGAGAGACCAUUGCUAGCAAGGAGGAGCCGUGAGGGACGUUUGCCACCAAGGAGGAGCCGUGAGAGACAAUCUCCACCAAGGAGGAGCCGUGAGAGAACAUUGUCACCAAGGAGGAGCCGUGAGAGACAAUCUCCACCAAGGAGGAGCCGUGAGAGAACAUUGUCACCAAGGAGGAGCCGUGAGAGACAAUCUCCACCAUGGAGGAGCUGUGAGAGAACAUUGUCACCAAGGAGGAGCCGUGAGAGACAAUCUCCACCAAAGACAAGCUGUGAGAGACCAUUGCCAGCAAGGAGGAGCCGUGAGAGAACAUUGUCACCAAGGAGGAGCCGUGAGAGACAAUCUCCACCAAGGAGGAGCCGUGAGAGAACAUUGUCACCAAGGAGGAGCCGUGAGAGACAAUCUCCACCAAGGACAAGCUGUGAGAGACCAUUGCCAGCAAGGAGGAGCCAUAAGAGACGAUCUCCACCAAGGAGGAGCCGUGAGAGACAAUCUCCACCAUGGAGGAGCCGUGAGAGAACAUUGUCACCAAGGAGGAGCCGUGAGAGACAAUCUCCACCAAGGACAAGCUGUGAGAGACCAUUGCCAGCAAGGAGGAGCCAUAAGAGACGAUCUCCACCAAGGAGGAGCCGUGAGAGACAAUCUCCACCAUGGAGGAGCCGUGAGAGAACAUUGUCACCAAGGAGGAGCCGUGAGAGACAAUCUCCACCAAGGACAAGCUGUGAGAGACCAUUGCCAGCAAGGAGGAGCCAUAAGAGACAAUCUCCACCAAGGAGGAGCCGUGAGAAACAAUUGCCUGCAAAGAGGAGCCGUGAGAGACAUUUGCCACUAAAGAGGAGCCGUGAGAGCUCAUCGUCCACAGCAGAGUCAUCCCUUCAACGAAAGAAGUCAAGCUGUGCAGAGAGACUGGCCAAGAAACUACUGCAAACAUCAGCGGUCCAGUCUCUGUCAAAGCAAUCUGACUUGGAGGCCGUAGUUAAUGCUCUGGUUCCUGCCUUAUGCGAUGAGCUAGCCAAGAGAAAGUCAUCUUCAUCAUCAUCCUGUUCACCUACAGCAGAGCCCUCUAAAGCAAAGCCCAGCCUGGAGAAGAGCGUACCAAGUUCUACCACAAAGACUGAGAUCUGCAUUGAGAUGGCUGACUCCAGCAGUGUAACGCAGACGGUGGAAAAAUACAACACUUUCUCCCCAGAUUCUGCUCAAAGGCGCACAGUUUGGAGUAAAGUUCAUAGUUUUGAGACUGUGAGGAACCUAAAACAUCAUCUACAAGAUUCUAGUGAGAUCAGUAUAAACUUUGAACCGGAUACCUUCAUAGUCGAAGCCAAGUCCCCAGCUGUGAAAUGCCAAAAUCAGCCUCAUCCCUCUUUUGAACUUUUGGUAACUGGGUCACAAGCUGCUCUUCAAACCAGUGGACCUGAUGGAUCAACCAUUUCUGAGCCCAUCACGGCAGGAUCAAGUGCUAACCCCACAAAUAAUGGAGCAAAGGAAGACAAAGGAGCAAAGGAGGAACCAGGAACAGAGAUUGGCAUGGACUCGACUUUUUGUCCCAAGCAAAUGGAAAAUAAAGAUGCAAAGGGGGAAGAAGGAUCACUAACAACUUCAGUCUCCUCUGCUGAUGCUAGCUUCUCCUCUGCAGUCAGCAGUGGAAACACAGUCCCUGCUGUUGCAAGUCCUGCCCGUCCCUCAACUUUGCAUAUGCCAGAAGAAGCUGCUCUUCAAAUCAGUGGUCUGGAUGCAUCCCCCAUUUCUGAGUCCAUCAUAGCAGGACCAAGUGCUACGGCUGCAGGUGACGCAGCAAUGCAUGAGGACAGUAAGAGACCAGGAAUUGAGAUUGUCAUAGACGCCACUGUUUGUCCCGAGGAAAAUGAACAUAUAAAGAGGCAAGAGGGGUCACUAAAAACUUCAGUCUCCUCUCCUGAUGUGAGCUCUACCUCUGCAGUCAGCAGUGGAAACACAGUCCCUGCCUUUGCCAGUCCUGCCCACCUCUCAACAAUGCACAUGCCAGAAGAAGCUGCUGUUCAAAUCAGUGGCCCCGAUGGAUUCGCCAUUUCUGAGCCCAUUGCAGCAGGGCCAAGUGGUACAGCCACAGGUGAUGCAGCAAUGAAGAAGGACGGUGAGAAACUAGGAACUCAGAUCGCCAUGGACACCACUGUUUGUCCUGUGGCAAAUGACGAUGUAAAGGGGCAAGAGGGGUCACUAACAACUUCAGUCUUCAAUGCAGAUGCAGCCUCUACCUCUGCAGUCAGCAGUGGAAACACAGUCCCUGCUGCUUCCAGUCCUGCCCACCCCUUAACAUUGCUCAUGCCAGAACAAGCUGUUCUUCAAACCAGUGGCCCUGAUGGAUCCAUAAUUUCUGAGCCAAUCACAGCAGGACUAAGUGCUACGGCCGCAGGUGACGCAGCAGUGGAAGGGGACGGUGAGAAACCAGGAACUGAGAUUGUCAUGGACUCCAGUGUUUGUCCCGAGGCCAAUGAAGAUGUAAAGGGAAAAAAAGGGUCACUUACAACUUCAGUCUCCUCUACUGAUGCAACCUCUUCCUUUGCAGUGAGCAGUGGAAACGCAGUCCCUGUUAUUUACAGCCCUGCUCAUCCCUACACAUCGCUCAUUCCAGAACAAGCUGCUCUUCAAAUCAGUGGCCCUGAUGUUUCCACAAUUUCUGAGCCCAUCGCAGCAGGACCAAGUGGUAUGGCCACAGGUGAUGCAGCAAUGGAGAAGGACAAUAAGAAACUAGGAACUGAGAUCACCAUGGACUCCACUGUUUGUCCUGUGGCAAAUGAAGAUGUAAAGGGUAAAGACGGGUUACUUAGCGCUUCCGUCUUCUCUGCUGAUGCAACCUCUUCUUCUGCAGUCACCAGUGGAAACACAGUCCCUGCUGCUUCCAGCCCUGCACUCUCAGCUGCAUCACUCAUGCUAGAACAUGCUGCUCUUCAAACCAGUGGCCCUGAUGUAUCCACAAUUUCUGAGCCCAUCGCAGCAGGACCAAGUGGUGCGGCCACAGGUGACGCAGCAAUGGAGGAAGACGUUGAAAAACCAGGAAAUGAAAUCCACAUGGACUCCGCUGUUUGUCCCAGACAACUGGCAAAUGAACAUAUGAAGGGGCAAGAGGGGUCACUAACAACUUCAGUCUUCUUUGCUGAUGUGACCUCUACCUCAGCAGUCAGCAGUGGAAACACAGUCCCUGCUUUUGCAAGUCCUGCCCGCCCCUCAACUUUGCAUAUGCCAGAAGAAGCUGCUCUUCAAAUCAGUGGUCUGGAUGCAUCCCCCAUUUCUGAGUCCAUUAUAGCAGGACCAAGUGCUACGGCUGCAGGUGACGCAGCAAUGCAUGAGGACAGUAAGAGACCAGGAAUUGAGAUUGUCAUAGACGCCACUGUUUGUCCCGAGGAAAAUGAACAUGUAAAGAGGCAAGAGGGGUCACUAAAAACUUCAGUCUGCAGUGGAAACACAGUCCCUGCCUUUGCCAGUCCUGCCCACCUCUCAACAAUACACAUGCCAGAAGAAGCUGCUGUUCAAAUCAGUGGCCCCGAUGGAUUCGCCAUUUCUGAGCCCAUUGCAGCAGGACCAAGUGGUACGGCCACAGGUGACGCAGCAAUGGAGAAGGACGGUGAGAAACUAGGAACUGAGAUCACCAUGGAUGCCACUGUUUGUCCCGAGGAAAAUGAUGAUGCAAAGGGGGAAGAGGGGUUAUUAACAACUUCAGUCUCCUCUGCUGAUGUGACCUCUACCUCUGCAGUCACCAGUGGAAACACAGUCUGUGCUACUUCCAGCCCUACCAACCACUCCACAUUGCUCAUGCCAGAACCAGCUGUUCUUCAAACCAGUGGCCCUGAUGGAUCCAUAAUUUCUGAGCCAAUCACAGCAGGACCAAGUGCUACGGCCGCAGGUGACGCAGCAGAAGGGGACAGUGAGAAACCAGGAACUGAGAUUGUCAUGUACUCCAGUGUUUGUCCCGAGGCCAAUGAAGAUGUAAAGGGAAAAAAAGGGUCACUUACAACUUCAGUCUCCUCUACUGAUGCAACCUCUUCCUUUGCAGUGAGCAGUGGAAACACAGUCCCUGUUAUUUACAGCCCUACUCACCCCUACACAUCGCUGAUUCCAGAACAAGCUGCUCUUCAAAUCAGUGGCCCUGAUGUAUCCACAAUUUCUGAGCCCAUCGCAGCAGGACCAAGUGGUAUGUCCACAGGUGACGCAGCAAUGGAGAAGGACGGUGAGAAACUAGGAAUUGUGAUCACCAUGGACGCCACUGUUUGUCCCGAGGAAAAUGACCAUGCAAAGGGAGAAGAGGGGUUAUUAACAACUUCAAUCUCCUUUGCUGAUGUGACCUCUACCUCAGCAGUCAGCAGUGGAAACACAGUCCCUGCUGUUGCCAGGCCUGGCCACCCCUCAACAAUGCGCAUGCCAGAAGAAGCUGCUCUUCAAAACAGUGGCCCUGAUGGCUCCACCAUUUCUGAGCCCAUCACAGCAGGACCAAGUGCUAUGGUCGCAGGUAACGCAACAAUGGAUAGGGACAGUGAGAAACCAGGAACUGAGAUCGUCAUGGAUGCCACUGUUUGUCCCGAGGCCAAUGAAGAUGUAAAGGGGGAAGAGGGAUCACUUACAGCUUCAGUGUCCUCUACUGAUGCAAAUUCUUCCUUUGCAGUGAGCAGUGGAAACACAGUCCCUGCUACUUCCAGCCCUGCUCACCACUACACAUCGCUCAUUCCAGAACAAGCUGCUCUUCGAAUCAGUGGCCCUGAUGUUUCCACAAUUUCUGAGCCCAUCGCAGCAGGACCAAGUGGUAUGGCCACAGGUGAUGCAGCAAUGGAGAAGGACAAUAAGAAACUAGGAACUGAGAUCACCAUGGACUCCACUGUUUGUCCUGUGGCAAAUGAAGAUGUAAAGGGUAAAGACGGGUUACUUAGCGCUUCCGUCUUCUCUGCUGAUGCAACCUCUUCUUCUGCAGUCACCAGUGGAAACACAGUCCCUGCUGCUUCCAGCCCUGCACUCUCAGCUGCAUCACUCAUGCUAGAACAUGCUGCUCUUCAAACCAGUGGCCCUGAUGUAUCCACAAUUUCUGAGCCCAUCGCAGCAGGACCAAGUGGUGCGGCCACAGGUGACGCAGCAAUGGAGGAAGACGUUGAAAAACCAGGAAAUGAAAUCCACAUGGACUCCGCUGUUUGUCCCAGACAACUGGCAAAUGAACAUAUGAAGGGGCAAGAGGGGUCACUAACAACUUCAGUCUUCUUUGCUGAUGUGACCUCUACCUCAGCAGUCAGCAGUGGAAACACAGUCCCUGCUUUUGCAAGUCCUGCCCGCCCCUCAACUUUGCAUAUGCCAGAAGAAGCUGCUCUUCAAAUCAGUGGUCUGGAUGCAUCCCCCAUUUCUGAGUCCAUUAUAGCAGGACCAAGUGCUACGGCUGCAGGUGACGCAGCAAUGCAUGAGGACAGUAAGAGACCAGGAAUUGAGAUUGUCAUAGACGCCACUGUUUGUCCCGAGGAAAAUGAACAUGUAAAGGGGCAAGAGGGGUCACUAAAAACUUCAGUCUGCAGUGGAAACACAGUCCCUGCCUUUGCCAGUCCUGCCCACCUCUCAACAAUACACAUGCUAGAACAUGCUGCUCUUCAAACCAGUGGCCCUGAUGUAUCCACAAUUUCUGAGCCCAUCGCAGCAGGACCAAGUGGUGCGGCCACAGGUGACGCAGCAAUGGAGGAAGACGUUGAAAAACCAGGAAAUGAAAUCCACAUGGACUCCGCUGUUUGUCCCAGACAACUGGCAAAUGAACAUAUGAAGGGGCAAGAGGGGUCACUAACAACUUCAGUCUUCUUUGCUGAUGUGACCUCUACCUCAGCAGUCAGCAGUGGAAACACAGUCCCUGCUUUUGCAAGUCCUGCCCGCCCCUCAACUUUGCAUAUGCCAGAAGAAGCUGCUCUUCAAAUCAGUGGUCUGGAUGCAUCCCCCAUUUCUGAGUCCAUUAUAGCAGGACCAAGUGCUACGGCUGCAGGUGACGCAGCAAUGCAUGAGGACAGUAAGAGACCAGGAAUUGAGAUUGUCAUAGACGCCACUGUUUGUCCCGAGGAAAAUGAACAUGUAAAGAGGCAAGAGGGGUCACUAAAAACUUCAGUCUGCAGUGGAAACACAGUCCCUGCCUUUGCCAGUCCUGCCCACCUCUCAACAAUACACAUGCCAGAAGAAGCUGCUGUUCAAAUCAGUGGCCCCGAUGGAUUCGCCAUUUCUGAGCCCAUUGCAGCAGGACCAAGGGGUACGGCCACAGGUGACGCAGCAAUGGAGAAGGACGGUGAGAAACUAGGAACUGAGAUCACCAUGGAUGCCACUGUUUGUCCCGAGGAAAAUGAUGAUGCAAAGGGGGAAGAGGGGUUAUUAACAACUUCAGUCUCCUCUGCUGAUGUGACCUCUACCUCUGCAGUCACCAGUGGAAACACAGUCUGUGCUACUUCCAGCCCUACCAACCACUCCACAUUGCUCAUGCCAGAACCAGCUGUUCUUCAAACCAGUGGCCCUGAUGGAUCCAUAAUUUCUGAGCCAAUCACAGCAGGACCAAGUGCUACGGCCGCAGGUGACGCAGCAGAAGGGGACGGUGAGAAACCAGGAACUGAGAUUGUCAUGUACUCCAGUGUUUGUCCCGAGGCCAAUGAAGAUGUAAAGGGAAAAAAAGGGUCACUUACAACUUCAGUCUCCUCUACUGAUGCAACCUCUUCCUUUGCAGUGAGCAGUGGAAACACAGUCCCUGUUAUUUACAGCCCUGCUCACCCCUACACAUCGCUGAUUCCAGAACAAGCUGCUCUUCAAAUCAGUGGCCCUGAUGUAUCCACAAUUUCUGAGCCCAUCGCAGCAGGACCAAGUGGUAUGGCCACAGGUGAUGCAGCAAUGGAGAAGGACGGUGAGAAACUAGGAAUUGUGAUCACCAUGGACGCCACUGUUUGUCCCGAGGAAAAUGACCAUGCAAAGGGGGAAGAGGGGUUAUUAACAACUUCAGUCUCCUUUGCUGAUGUGACCUCUACCUCAGCAGUCAGCAGUGGAAACACAGUCCCUGCUGUUGCCAGGCCUGGCCACCCCUCAACAAUGCGCAUGCCAGAAGAAGCUGCUCUUCAAAACAGUGGCCCUGAUGGCUCCACCAUUUCUGAGCCCAUCACAGCAGGACCAAGUGCUAUGGUCGCAGGUAACGCAGCAAUGGAUAGGGACAGUGAGAAACCAGGAACUGAGAUCGUCAUGGAUGCUACUGUUUGGCCCGAGGCCAAUGAAGAUGUAAAGGGGGAAGAGGGAUCACUUACAGCUUCAGUGUCCUCUACUGAUGCAAAUUCUUCCUUUGCAGUGAGCAGUGGAAACACAGUCCCUGCUACUUCCAGCCCUACCAACCACUCCACAUUGCUCAUGCCAGAAGAAGCUGCUCUUCAAACCAGUGGCCCAGAUAGAUCCACAAUUUCUGAGCCCAUCGCAGCAGGACCAAGGGCUAUAGCCACAGGGGACCCAGCAAUGGAGAAGGACGGUGAGAAUCUAGGAAUUGUGAUCACCAUGGACGCCACUUUUUGUCCCGAGGAAAAUGACCAUGCAAAGGGGGAAGAGGGGUUAUUAACAACUUCAGUCUCCUCUGCUAAUGUGACCUCUACCUCUGCAGUCAGUGAUGGAAAAACAGUCCCUGCUGCUUCCAGCCCUGCAGUCUCAGCUGCAUCAUUCAUGCUAGAACAUGCUACUCUUCAAGUCAGUGGUCUGAAUGCAUCCACAAUUUCUGAGCCCAUCGCAGCAGGACCAAGUGGUACGGCCACAGGUGACGCAGAAAUGGAGGAAGACUGUGAAAAACCGGGAAAUGAAAUCCACAUGGACUCCGCUGUUUGUCCCAGACAACUGGCAAAUGAAGAUAUGAAGGGGCAAGAGGGGUCACUAACAACUUCAGUCUCCUUUGCUGAUGUGACCUCUACCUCAGCAGUCAGCAGUGGAAACACAGUCCCUGCUGUUGCCAGGCCUGGCCACCCCUCAACAAUGCACAUGCCAGAAGAAGCUGCUCUUCAAAACAUUGGCCCUGAUGGCUCCACCAUUUCUGAGCCCAUCACAGCAGGACCAAGUGCUAUGGUCGCAGGUAACGCAGCAAUGGAUAGGGACAGUGAGAAACCAGGAACUGAGAUCGUCAUGGAUGCCACUGUUUGUGUCGAGGCCAAUGAAGAUGUAAAGGGGGAAGAGGGAUCACUUACAGCUUCAGUGUCCUCUACUGAUGCAAAUUCUUCCUUUGCAGUGAGCAGUGGAAACACAGUCCCUGCUACUUCCAGCCCUACCAACCACUCCACAUUGCUCAUGCCAGAAGAAGCUGCUCUUCAAACCAGUGACCCAGAUAGAUCCACAAUUUCUGAGCCCAUUGCAGCAGGACCAAGGGCUAUAGCCACAGGGGACCCAGCAAUGGAGAAGGACGGUGAGAAACUAGGAACUGAGAUCACCAUGGACGCUACUGUUUGUCCUGAGGAAAAUGAACAUGUAAAGGGGGAAGAGGGGUUAUUUACAACUUCAGGCCUCUUUGCUGAGGCCGACUCUUCCUUUGCAGACAGUGGUGGAAACACAGUCCCUGCUACUUCCAGUCCUGCACUCUCAGUUGCAUCACUCAUGCUAGAACAUGCUGCUCUUCAAACCAGUGAUUUAUCUGCAAUUCCUGAGCUCCAUGCAGCAGGGCCAAGUGGUACGGCUGCAAGUGAGGCAGCAAUGGAGGAGGACAGUGAGAAACCAGGAACUGGGAUCUUCAUGGACUCCACUGUUAGUUCUGAUGCUAAUAAAGAUGUAAAGGGGAAAGAGGGGUCACCAACAACUUUAGUCUCCUCUCCUGAUGUGACCUCUACCUGUGCAGUCAGCAGCAAAAACGCACUCCCUUCUGCUUCCUGCCCUUUCCCCUCUGUCGCAUUGCACACACCAGAAGAAGCUAUUCUUCAAAACAGUGGCCCUGAUGGAUCCACCAUUUCUGAGCCCAUUGCAGCCGGACCAAGUGCUACGGCCGCAAGUCAUGCAGCAAUGGAGGAGGAUGGUGACAAACUAGGAACUGAGAUUGCCAUUGAUGCCACUAUUUGUCCCAAAGCAAAUGUAAAUGUAAAGGGGCAAGAGGGGUCAACUUCAGUCUCCUCUGCUGAUGUGACCUCUAUAUCUGCAGUCAGUGGUGGAAACACAGUCACUCUCACUCACCCACUCUCAGCCAAUGUACUUGUGCAUGAAGAAACCUUUGAAGACCUUCCUCAGAUUAACAUGGUCAUUUUUCAGGCAAUCAAAGCGGCAGUUCACCAGCACAGACUCAACCGUGGGAGCAUGUCCCAGAGAGAGAAGGGGGAGGGUCCGGAUUUUACAAAUGACAUAGUUUCUUCAGACACCUAUCUUUUUGAUGAGCAAAAUUUCAACAUGGAGGACUUUGUCACUGUUGAUGAAGUUGGUGAUGAUGACAAAAGCCCCGAGCACUAUACUUUCUCCUCAUCCGAGCAGUUCUGUAGAGCGAGAGAAAAGCAAAGCUCAGGUUUGUUGUCCACUGGCAAACAGACCUCAACAAGGUCUUCAAAAGACUCUAUGAGCUCAGGCUCUUCCUCGUCCUCCUCAUCCAAGUCAACUAAAGGUUCAAACUCUUCUAAAUCAAUCUUUGUGUUAUCAAAAAAUUCCAAGGACUCAUCUGAGUCCACCAAAUCCCCUAACAAACCCUUGUCUUCUGACACUGUCAGUAAGGGCCCUUCUUCUCCACUGCUUACAAAAAAACCAUCCUCCACUGGCCUUAAAAGGCAACAGAGCAGGACUAAAUCUACAGUUAGAGAAAAAACAAAAGACACAGAGAGCACAAUGGCAAAGUCUGACCUCAGAGUGUCAGCAGAGGGCUUUUUUGCAAAAUCUGGUCAGUCAUACAGAGAAUGCGACAAAGACAAUUUAAAAGGCCCUGCAAGUGAGGAUACUGGACAAGAAGCCUUUGAGAUAUUGGAUUCCAUUGAUGAUCUGACUGCAACGGAAGAUGACAAACUUGAAGCUCCCAGUGAGCAGAUAUUCAAAGAAGACAUUAGGCCUAUAGAGGAAGACACAUAUUGGGUAAUUGAUUCAGUGGGAGAUCAGCCGAUGACUAGAAAGACUGAGUCAAAGAUUGACAACAAGGACAAAAGCACCGAGAAAGAGGAGGCAGCUGCUAGAAAAAUUAAUAGACCAUCAAAGAGGAGUGGCCCUGAAACCUCUGCAUUCAAAAGUGAAGAGAAUCCAUACAAACAUGACAGGACGGCAAGAAAGUACGAGACACAAACCAAGAUGGACACCAUUGCAGGGGUUUCUAAAAAAGACAAAGAGGUCACUGAGGAGGUGGUUUAUGAGGUAGUAGAUUCUGUUGAAGACGAACCGAUUGAAGAUGCUACCGCCACAGAAAGGUCUCAUAGAAGAAGAAGUGCAAGAGGAAAAAAAGAGGAUAAAAUUAUAUUCAAUUUCACAGAAGCGUUUGAAAAGCCAGAGGAGGAUACGUACAAGAUUCUAGACUCUGUGGAGGACGAGACUACCGAUGACAAAACGGCCAUUACGACAAGAUCUACCAGAGGAAAAAAGGAAAGAACAACUAAGAAAGAUGCUUCGAAUGAGAAAAUAAAAAAAGGGGACACGCCAACGAGAAGGAGGCACACUCCUGCCAGAGAGUCACAGGAACGAAACAGGGAAAAAACACCAAAGAGAGAGUCGAAAGUUCCUCCAGUAGAGAGCACACCAACAAAGAAGAAGGACAUUGUUGCAAGAGAGUUAAGUGAGGACGCUACCUGCGAAAUAUCCUGUAUGGAGGAAGAGGUUGUUAAGCAUGAUUGGCCCGCCACAGCAGGAAAAGGAAAGAGGGGAAGACCAAAGAAACAGGUUAAAACAACAAAAAAAGACAAAGUAACAUUGAAGGAUGACGAAGACGCAUCCGAAAAAGUGGCUGAGGAAGAAGAGGCAGUGUAUCAGAUUGUUGAUUCUGUGGAGGACGAGACCGUUGAUGAUCAGCCUCCAACAGGACAGUCUGAGAGUGCGAGAGAGGAGAACACUUCUAAAAACAGUGACAAGCAAAAUAUAAAAAAUUCAUCUCUUGCAGGAUCCCCCAAAAAUGAGGAGGAGGAAGAGGAAGAGCCUAUGUACCAGAUCAUAGAUUCCCUGGAAGACGAAGUUCAAGAAGAGCUGACAGCAACAGGUGGAUCUGAUAGAGGGAAGGAAAAUAGUGCGAUAAAAGAUGAGACUCCUACAAAAGAAGAGGCAUCAGCUGAAAAAGAAGGUACACCAACAUGUGGUACCACAGUUGUGGAAGCCUCUGAAAAAUGUCUGUACGAGAUAGUUGAUGAUUUAGAGGAGCUAAAUGAUGUUCCAUCUGCUGCAGAAGGGUCUGCUACAAGAAAUGAGGAAAGCACUCUCAAAACAGACAUUAAGAAAGAGGACAAAUCAACAACCAAGUCCCAAAGUGAUACUGCGACACGGCAAGAGGAACAAAAACCACCUGAGAAAAACGAUACAACGGCAGAAACAAGCACUCUAGGGAACCUAGAUGAAGUGAGCGAGGAGGAGGAGGAUUACCCUGACGACACGGCCGAGGAGGAAGAACUGAGGAAGAGGCAAGCCUCCACAAAAGAGAGGCAGUUUGCCAAAGAGCGAGAAGCCAGGAGGAGGGAGGAGAGGAGAACCAGAGAGAGAGAGGAGAGGGAGCGAAGGAGUCGGAGUAACAGCAGCAGCAGAGGAGGAUGCGGCAGUCAGGGAGGGACGAGGAGGACCAAGCAGAGGGGGAGGGAAACAAAGGAAAAGGUAGAUGCCCAAAAGCUAGUGACUCUGGAUGAGGUGGGAGCAGAUGAGACUGGAGAGCAAAGAGUGCCAGAGAGCCGAGAGUGGGACAGGGAGAUCACUGAGGGAGAGCAGCAAGCACUCAUCACUCUGGAUGAGUUUGUAGAAGAAGAGGAGGAGGAGGAGGGGAAGGUCGAGCAAAGCAUGCUGGAGACCCGCCCACUCAGCCAGGAGGACGAAUCAGUGGACUCCUUUUUUCUUCCACUGGAAAUUACGACUUUGGCAACUUUAGAUGAAGCAGGCGGUGAUGAGGAAGAGAAGCCGGACGAACAGCAAGCUGAGAAAACAUCAAGAUCUGUUAAACGCAAACACGAUGAUGACACAGGGGAAAGUAUGAACUUUGUCACAGUAGAAGAGGUCGUUGAGCUGGAUGAGGAGGAGGAAAAGAAAGCGGUAACACCCAGGACAAGAGGCCGAACCAAGAAGAGAAGCAGACAGACCCCUGUGAGAAAAUCUACCAGAGGGAAAAAAGUGUGCAAGAGAGAAGGAAAGCAGACAUCUGAAGCUGAUGUACUGCCUCCCACGUCACUCAACGCCUCAUCGUCAUUGGACAAAGAUCUGUCCACGUUGUCGAGUGACGGUCAGCCAGAGAUCCAGAAGACUGAGGCAGAGGUGGAAGCAGCAGGCCGAGCCGACGUCGACGCUGCCUCAGCUGGGCAGGAGCCGCAGCCGGAGAACCCUAAGAACCUGGAAGGAUGUGUGGAGGCGGGAGAAGAGGAGAAGGAAGGACGGAGCAGGGUGGACAUUAAAGCUGUGAGUAAGCAGAGGAGGGAGCUCAUUGAACCUGAAGCAAAGCGAUCUCGUUCUCAGUCUCCUUGUGUCUCUGCUGACUUCAAACUGCCGGCAUUUAAACCCAACAACCCCCUCGGUCAGAACUUCGUGGUCCCCAAAUCAGUUUUUUUCUGUAAUCUCUGCUCUGUUUUCUACCUGAACGAGAGCACCACCAAGGACCUCCACUGCAGCAGCCAGAGACACUACGACAACCUGCAGAAACAUUACCAGAAGCUUCAACAGUCAAGAAGUUCAACACAAAGUUCUCAAGGCUCUGCUUCUGAAUGAUCCCAACUUCAAUACUGAUUUAUUUCUGUAUUGUUUGUAAAAAAAAAAAAGUGAAAACAAGAAAAGAGAAAGCUUUGUUAAUCACUGUAGAGAUGAUCCAUGUUUGUUCAACUCCUAAUAUUCACAUAACAGUAGUGCAUGGAAACAUGCAUUAAUUAUCACUGUAUUUUGCAUAUAGUGACAACAACAAACCUAUUAUGUAAUCUGUAAAAAAGCAGGUUCCUCGUAGUGCUCUUUAUGGUGUUGUGCACUGCUUGUGCACACACUGAACAGCCCCCAUCCUCAUGCAUGCUCUCAAUCAGUCAUCCUCAAUAUCAGUGCGGCUUUAGAAGUUUUGCAAACACGAUGUCUGAGAAACAACCACCAGCAAUGAAAGAACUGCCCCUCCCUCCUUUGCCAACAGCAAGCAAGCAAGAGGGGCCCAGGUCCUGGCUAGGCUCCCGCUAUUGACACUAUGUGAGAUGAGAUUUCGCAGGGCAACCGGCUCCUUCUGCUGCCGUACAAAAUUGUGGGUUUGGUGGCCAGGGUUUUGCGGCGUGAUACGAGCAGCAGAGAGAGACAUGUUUUGCAUUUUAUGUUCAGUUGUUACCGACUGCAGCUUUAACUGUGAAAAGAAUCAUAGAGAUUAUAUUAUGGGUUUGUUUUUGUGUUUCAUUCAUUCUAUCUAUCAAUUCUAGUAAAUCAUGACUAAUGUAUUUUUUUUAUGUAGAAGUGUUUUUAAGAGAAAAUAAUUUUUAAGUCAGUUAUUAUUUAAACAUGUACCUGACACAGUAUCCUGUACUGAACUCAACAAUUCCUGUGGAGGGAAAGGUCACUGUUUGGUUUGACUUGGUGUCACAAUUUUACUGUUUGCUUUGUUCUGUUUCUAUAAAACAUGAAUUAAAAUCUCGUAUGGCUUCUGAUGGUGGGUCUUUAACAGUGGGCUAAUAAAAUAAAUGAUUGAAUGAA